UCUAUUGCAACCACAAACCAGUGGCGGCGUGAGCAGUGCCGUCUUCUUCUUCUUUGCACCAGGGUUUUCAACUUAUUUUGAAAUUGAAUUCUGGAACUUGAAGCUAUUGUUAUUUCAGGCAAUAACGGUAUUGAGAAGCAUGGGGCUAUUUAGGACUGUUGUUAAAGAAGCUUGGGAGAAAACAUUCUUAUUUACAAAGUUCUUAUGCUUUUUACAUGUUACCGACAACUAUCUGGUUGACCCUGUUAAGAUCUACGGUCCUAGCAUGCUUCCUGCAAUCGAUUUGAAUCCAAGCAUCUUUCUUGCUGAAAGGAUAACACCUCGAUCUGGUAAAGUUACUCACAGAGAUAUUGUAGUCUUCCGCUCACCUCAAAACCCUAGAAGAACUGUCACAAAGCGUGUGAUUGGAUUAGAGGGCGAUACCAUUACAUACGUCUCUAAUCCCGAAAACAACGAUAACGAUAAGCAUGAGACAGCUGUGGUUCCAAAGGGCCACGUUUGGGUACAGGGGGAUAACAAAUAUAAUAGCACCGAUUCUAGACAUUUUGGUCCAAUUCCUUAUGGCCUUAUUGAGAGUAAGAUAUUCUGGAAGUUGAAGAUUUUGGAUCGUUUUGGAGAAAAUGAUUCGGAGCUCUCAAUCAUGCUCAAAAUAUUUUAUGGCCAAAGGCAAACUAUGGUGCAAGAAUAUGCCGUUCAGGCAGUGCACCAUUCACCGGCAGAAGGCUUUGUCGCUCAUAACGUGGAAUACUUCACACGAAAGGCCAACUUUUGCUUCAGGAGCCUAUCAAGAUGUCAUGCCAACAAUGGGACACAGUCUUUGUCCCAAAACAUGAAAGGAGAAAACAUGAGCGUCGUGCUGAACUUUAAUCUCAAUUUUAUACUUUGUUACUUCAACGACAUUGAGACCAUUACGAUUGCAUUGAGAAGGAAGUGUGGGAUUCUUGUUUGAACGAUUGCAACCCGAGCAACAAUUGUAGUGCCAUCUAGAUGGUGUACUUUUGAACCUCAAUGUGGUUCCAAUAGUUGUGUAGAAACAAUCAUGUAUUACAAACAUGUCAAAGGCAUACAAGUAAUAUAAAAACUUAUAGGCAAACAAAUAAGGCUGAAAAUUAGUGUUGUAAACCUGAUUUUGUCCAAUGAUUUCACAAAUUGACUUGAA